UUUUUUUUAAAAAAAAUAAUUAAUUUCAAGGCUGAGCCUAUAAAAAGAAUUAUUUUUGUUUAGACUUGUCAUUAACAAUCGGCCUCAAAAAAAAAUAAAUAUUUCGACAUAUGUAUCUUUUUUUUGUUGGUUUUUAUUAAAUCUACCAACUAAUAAGUCCUUCUUUAAAGUGUUUAACAUUCCCUUUCACAAGUUAUAUAUAGUGAAAGGAAUUUACUUUUGUUGGUGCCCACUUUCCCCAUCACUCUUUAAAGGUAUGGCGAGUUCACGAGAACACCGGGGAACAGCCCGCGAAAAAAACUUAUCAUACCACCAAAACGAUGAGUACGAUGAGUACGAUGAAUAUGAAGAUGAGUAUCCAAAUGAAAACUCCGAUAGAACUUAUAACAGGAAUGCGUUAUAUCAUAGUGAAUACACAGAAGACGAAGGUGAAUAUGAGGAACAUGAAUAUAGGGAGGGUAACUAUGAAGAGAGUGAAUAUGCAGAAUAUAUCGAUCCUGAUUCGCCGACUUCACCUAGCAACGGUCAUCCACUCCCUUCACCCCCUCCUUCACCUCCAACAGACGACGGUUAUGAUGAUGAAGAUGACAAUAAUAACACCGCCAACAUAUCCACUUCAAUUAUACCGCCUCCACCACCUUCUCGAUCUAAAAGACUUCCAUCGAUACCUCAACAUUUAUCUGAUAAAUCCCAAACGGUAUUCCGACCUUCAGCACCUACACCAACUCAUCAAAAACGUAAAAAUUAUUUUAAUAUCGGUAAAUCCCUAUUGAGGUUUAAUAAAAAAUCCCAUGCAAAAGAGGAGGAAACUCGGAGCAAUGAUUCUCCUCUCCCAGAACCUCCACAACAUAUACAAAUCACACUUCCUUCUUUAGCUCCAUCUUCUCCCAUAUCCCACCAAUUACCUGCUGAAUAUUUAGAUUUUGAAGAAGAAACAGAUGAUCAUUCAGAAGUUCAUACAACACCUGAACUCACUAUGGAUGAUCUUUAUCAUCUCGUUCUCAACAUGCAGAAAGGUUUCCAAUUACAAGUUGAUGAGAUGAAUACGCAGAUUAAAGAAUUAAAACGAGAAAUAAGAAAAUUAAAAGGUGAAGAAUCAGAAGAGGAGCAAGAAGAAGACAAAAAUUUGGAGGAUUUUACGAUACGAAGUCCUUCAAGAACUGCAACUAGUGUUAGAAGCGUUACUAAAGAGAUGGAAAGAUACGGUGGAGAAGGGAGAUGGUUUCACAAUGAGUAUUCAUAAGGUUACAAUGACACAUUUCAAAUUUAAACAUUUCGAAUAUGGAUAUAAAUUCAUCUAUGUAAAAUAACAGCAUAAAAAAAUUUAGAAUAUUAAAUGUUGAAUGUUUUAUUAAUUGAAUGGCACUGCAUUUGGCUACGCGAGACUUAUUAUAUUCAGCUAUACUUAGCGCCACAAAAAAAUUUCUUAUAUACUUUAUUUAGAAAAGACAUUGGUCGAAUUAAUUGAUUAGAUAUUCAACAUCAAAUUAAUAUAUCGAUUCUUAUUAUUUAUUGUUCGUUUACAUUUACAUAGUAUAUUUGAUCUAUAUCAAAAAAUAUUA